UAAUUUUUCAUGUUAAAUAUACACCGCUUAGAAUCCAACGCAUUCUUUCUACUGCAGUCCUUUGAUUGUUGCCUGUUGCCUAUUCGAAAAUGGGUAAACCUAUGAGAAAGCAUGCCGACAGAAACACAUUCAACAAAAAAAUGGGUAGCAGUAAUCCUGAUAGGCCGAAACCAGAUGUGGGUUCAAGAAUGCGAAGCAAGGCUACUAUAAACAGAAUUAAAAUGUACAAAGGUGGUAAGCCGAUCAGAAAUGAACAAGGCAAGAUUAUUAUAGCAGCAGAGUACCAAAAAAAAGCAAUAUCAGGAGAAGUAGCUCGUGUGGAACCAAACAGGAAAUGGUUCGGUAACACAAAAGUCAUUUCUCAAACUGCACUUCAAAAGUUUCAGGAAGAAAUGGGAAAAGCCAUGUCAAAUCCAUAUAAAGUUAUUAUGAAAAAGACUCAGCUUCCUUUAUCUCUUUUGGAUGACCGUAAAAAAACUGCUAGAGUACAUUUGUUAGAUACUGAUUCUUUCGAUAACACGUUUGGUCCUAAAGCUCAAAGAAAGCGUCCUGUUAUUGUUGCUGGUGAUCUUGAGGGCUUGGUUGCUCUUGCAGAAGAAUCUCAAGAAAAAUACACAUCUGAAAAAGAUUUAGAUCUAGUAAAUGUAAAUAGCUUUGAAGAAAAGAAUGAAAUAAGAGAUCGGAUGUUUUCUAAAGGUCAGUCAAAAAGGAUCUGGAAUGAACUUUAUAAGGUUAUUGAUUCUUCAGAUGUUGUUAUACAGGUGCUUGAUGCUAGAGAUCCAAAUGGAACUCGUUCUAAACAUAUCGAAACAUUUUUAAAGAAUGAAAAAAAACAUAAACAUUUAAUUUUUAUCCUGAAUAAAUGUGAUCUUGUUCCAACAUGGGUGACGAGAAAGUGGGUAGCAUUGUUGUCAACAGAAUAUCCAACCCUGGCCUUUCAUGCAAGUGUUAACAAUCCAUUUGGAAAAGGAGCUUUAAUUCAGCUAUUACGUCAAUUUGGAAAGUUACAUCAAGAUAAGAAAAACAUUAGUGUUGGUUUUAUUGGUUAUCCAAAUGUUGGCAAAUCUUCUAUAAUCAAUACAUUAAAGAAGAAAAAAGUUUGUAAAGCUGCUCCUGUUCCUGGUGAAACUAAGGUUUGGCAAUAUGUCACGUUAAUGCGUAGGAUUUAUUUGAUUGAUUGUCCUGGUGUGGUCUAUCCAUCUGAUGAUUCAGAAACAGAUAUAGUUCUUAAAGGAGUCGUACGAGUAGAAAACCUUAAAGAUGCAUCUGAUCAUAUUUCAGAGGUUCUACACAGAGUUAAAAAAAAGUAUAUUCAAAAGACUUACCAAAUAGAUGAAUGGGAGUCUGCGGAAGGAUUUUUGGAAGCUCUUUGUAGAAAGUCUGGUCGACUAUUAAAGGGUGGAGAACCAGACAUUAAUACUGUAGCUAAAAUGAUUUUAACUGAUUAUCAAAGGGGUAGGUUACCUUAUUUUGUUCCACCUCCUGAAACAGAAGUUGGUGAAGACCAAAAAAGUGAAGACCAAAAACCAUCUGAUAAAAAACAAACUUCUGAACAGUGCGAUAAAACAAAUGCUGCUUUAGAAAAUGUAACUACGGAUACUGUAACCACAGAAACUGCUAUAGAAAAGGACUUAGAAAAGGACUUAAAUGAAAACUGUGUUGAACCACAAAUAACUUCAUCAGCCACGCAUGAAAAUAUCACUCAACCAGAAACAAAAAUAAUUUCACAUGAAAAUGACAUUGAACAUCAUUUAGAUGAACUUCAGGAACAAGGUUUUAAGUAUCAGAUCACAUCAAAUAAUUCUAUUUUAUGUGUUGAAGCAUUAUCAAAUGAUGAUAAAGAACAAACAAAUAAAAGCAAGAACAAUAAAAGAAAGAAAGUUAACAUUAAAGAACCAGAAGAGACUAAAAGAAAAAAGAAAGAACCUCGCAUGACGACAAACAAAAUGAAGACUGGAAAACAUUACUAUGAGUCCGCAAACGUCAAGAAUAGAAAUAAAAAUAAAUCUUCAAAUAAUCAAAAUAAACUUCAACCUGGUAUAAAGAAUAAAGGAAAAGGAAAAAAAGUUAAAUAAAAAUUAAUUCGUGUAAUUAUAAAGUUAUAUCAGUCGGCCUUAA